AUGGCUCGUCAAUUAUCAGUCAUUCUGGUUGCUUUGACCUUGACCACUGCCCUAGCGGAAAACUUCCCAACUCGCACAUCGGCGCCAUCUGACUGCCCCCAAGCGGAUCAGGGGUGCUGGUGCCAUAAAAACUUUGCACAAUGUUGGAGAACGUAUGACGAUUCCAGAUUAACGGAAGAAAUUGGGAGCAGGAUUACUCGAUUAGAGUUGUUGUACCAGCCAAACGAAGAAGUUGUGACCUACAUAAGACGUAUGAGCGCUUUGAGGGAAAUUAGAAUUUCAGAAGACGGAAUGAGCUUAGACUGUUCUUGUGACCUUGUAGACGCCAUGGAUGAUAAAGGGAUAACACUCGUCAACCAGGAUGAGCUCGAGAUCCGUAACUGCCGCCAGCAGGGUUGGUCACGUGAUACAAUGACUGCCCGCCCUUUCCUUAUCGAUUGCCGCCGUUUUCGCAUCCAAGACGACGACAGACGUAAGAGGAGAGAAGCUGAACAAGACAGUGACGAUGUCACUAAAAGGGCAAGUCCUCGGAAAGGCGACAAACCAGCUGGACACAAGCUCAAAGAUCUUGCACCUAAAGACACGCAUCACCUUGUCAGCAUCGAUGAUGUCGAAAAACACCCCGCUACCGAUUUCUUCAACUUCAUCUCUGGACAUCGUCGGACUCGACGUUCAACAGGUACCAACGAGGAAGUCUCGGACGAUUCUGGACGAAGCGCUCGUAAAAAGCGUUACGGCAACAUGAACUACCCACAACCGAUGAAUCAACCAAUGGGCGGUGGUAACUACCCUGGACAACCACCGCAACAAAAUUAUGCUCCGCAAGGAAUGGGUGGACCAGUAGGUGGAGUUGGCAUGGGUGGAGCAGUGGGUGCAGGAGCCAUGGGUGGUCCAGUGGGAGGAGGAGGAGGAGGAGGCAUGGGCGGACCCGUGGGAGGAGCUAAUGGUAUUGGUGAAUCAGUUGAAGAUGAAAUGUCAGUUGAUUCUGAUUACAGUAGCUUAGGAGGUGAAACAACAAUCAGUGCAAAAGUUAUGCAGGACAUUAAGGCGGUGCUCGGUGCCACGAAGAUUGACCUACCAGUUGACAUCAACGACCCGUACGAUCUUGGACUUUUGCUACGCCAUCUCAGGCAUCAUUCGAACCUUUUAGCGAAUAUCGGUGACCCUGAGGUCAGGGAACAGGUCCUCAGUGCGAUGCAGGAGGAAGAAGAGGAAGAGGAAAAUGAUGCCGCCAAUGGUGUCAGGGAGAAUGUCUUGAACAACCUGAAUGCACCAGGCCAAGGAGGCUAUGGUGGUACUCAGGGAGGGAUGCGUGGCGGGGCAGGUGGGGGCAUGAUGGGCAAUCAAGGAAUGGGUGGACAAGGUUACAACCAGGGUUACAUGCAAGGGUAAACCUUAGGUCACAUACCGGGAAUGCAGAUCAGUCUCAAGACGUUUGCAAGAUGAAGAGGCUGCCGUCCUUUAAAAUGAAAAUCAUUAUAUGAAUUGGCUUCCCACUUUCUAUUUAGUGGAGGAAAAGAAUCAACGUUUUUCACGAAAACUUCUUGGAGAAGCAUAAGUUUUGCUUUGUCUCCAAAGUCAACCCUGAAUUAGAACGACAUUAACCAACUGGCUAUUGGAACCGAGUGGCCCCAGUAAAAAUCUUUGGUCAAUUAUAUAAUUCGGUAGUCAAAAGGUUAACAGAAGUGGGAUGACGGAGAUGUGAUACUUAAGAACAAAUAUAUUGUUACAGCAGUAAGACGGGGAUACUGGGUAUAAAAUACUGAAGGGAGCACUGAUUAUUACAAGAUAUUUAUGAGAGAGUUCAUCACAUUUGAAAAGAAAGGACGGAUAAUGGUGGGUGCGGGAUAUAAAAGCAACACAUCUACAACACAGAUAAUCUUUUGGAAAUGCCCAUGAAAUCAAAUUAACAGCUGAGAGGUAUUAGUCGAAAAUUGCCGAGCCGGGACAGCUGAUCAUCUUAUGAUUAUCUGAGCUCAACCAAAAAUUACAAAUAUCUUGAUUGAAUAUGAAUUUAAUACCAAAUAUCCGCAUACAUUCGUAAUUCCGAAGCUUCGUUAUUCCGAAGGUUCGGAU